AGUUGUGCUCGUCUUCUCUUUGUUCAUGUUUACUUCAUGUCGCAGCUUUUCUGCCUUCUCUCCAUCAUAGUCGGCCAUCAUGGCUCGCCAGCAACCUGUCCUUCUGCAAAGAACGUCGCAUUUCACUCAUGCAUUACAUGAGGCUCCCAUACCUUAUGACUUUGGUUAUGGUGUGGCUGAUCAUGCGACGGGCAGCGACUUCGGCCACUCUGAGAAUUCUGACGGAAAUGUGGUAAAGGGAAAGUACUAUGUGCGCCUCCCCGAUGGUCGCAAGCAGGUAGUGACCUACACUGCAGACCACUACAAUGGCUAUCAAGCUGAGGUGUCUUAUGAGGGCCAGGCCUACUACCCUGAUCACAGCGCCCCAGUCUAUGGAUGAGGCACGACAUUAUACGCCUACCCAUAAGUAUAUCCAUGUUAUUUUGGUUAAUUCAAUUAACAUCGGAUGCAAUUAUGUUAUGUAUUAGGUGCGGGUGUGUGACUCCAACCUUGAUUGUAUGCUUCACUGCAAUAAAUGUUAUUUAUUACAUGUAAAUCUAUUUAGAUUAAGAUAUAUCACUAUCUAUAUAUAUACUUUAAAUAUGUCUUUCUAAAUCUGUUUGAAUUUCUCAAAAUGCAUAUUAAUUUGACUUCUACCACCUGCAAUUAUUUCUGUCAAUAUCUCCAUUCAUUAGUACUUUUUUUUUGGUUGACAGCAUUCUGGAUUCUCUUGUAAGUUACUUAGCUGUUCGUCUACUCUAUUGAGCAUAAAGGGGGUAUGUUCACCGAGAGGUACUUACCUAUUAGUGUCUAUGGGGGAGUGAGGUCUAGCUCUUUAUGCUCUGCCUACUAGCCUUGUUGUACCUAUCAUGUUUCAGCCUAACUACUGUGACUCUCAAAUUUUUUGUCGAAUCGGUCUUUAAAGUUGUGGAUGGAGGUGGCUUCCACAACUUCCUCUGUUAGAGUAUUCCAUUUGUUAACUACCCGUAUAGGGUACGAGUGCUUUCUUACGUUCCUCAGCUCAUCUGCGCUUCCAGUUUCCACCUGUGUUCUCUUGUCCUGCUUUCUCUCAAUCUGAAGAAGCUAUCCUUAUCUUAUCUAUUCCCCCCAGUAUCUUGUAAGUUGUGAUCAUAUCUCCACUGAUUCCAUCUAUCCUUUAGGGUUGUGAGAUCUAGUUCUAUUAGCCUAUGUUCAUAGCUUAGCCCUCUUAGCUCUGGUACCAAACUUGUUGUAAGCCUUAUACUUUUUCAAUUUUGGCUUUAUGCUUCACUAGGUGCAGAUUCCAUACCAGCGGUGUGUAUUCCAGUGUUGGUGAAACAAAUGUACCUUGGGCAGUUUUUGGUGUAUGUACUGAUUUUACUUUGGUCCUGAACUAAGUUCAGGGCUAAAGUAUAAUUACUAGUGGGUUAGUAAGCUAUUGUGGUGCCUUAAUAAUCAUUCAGAAGUUGAUUGGCCUUAAUACCCAGAACCAAAUUUAUUGAGGAUAUGAGUGACUUGAAUUGUUCAAUAGUUCUUCUGUUUCUGCCUUACAUACCAAGUGGCAUACAAACACUUGAUCAAUUGUGAUGCUUUUUUUAUAUAUAGUAUUUAGGUAUUAUCACAUGCGUACAUUCCCAGGUAUGACUGCUAAUGUGGCUCUUUUCUGUAAAAAUAGUCAUAAAUCUCUGCUAUACAGGGUAAUUGCCCUAAUAUGCAUGUUGAGACAUUCAACAGUGUUACUUAUUUUAAAAACAGAAGAUAUGUUUUUGAUCAACUGUGGCAUUAUCACUGUGUUAACAUUUGAACUGCCUGGCCUGGGGGCAUGUUAAAUAGCUGUGAAGUGAAGAUGAUAAAAAUAUAAUUUAUUUUGCUUGUUGUUAUGACAGGUUUGUUAACUUGGUCAGUUCCCUUCCUUUAUCAAAUUGCUCAUGGGAGAGCAAAUUAUAUCAAACGUUAAUUUUUUUGGACAAUAUUGUACAGUAAUGACGUCAAAGUUUGUAGCUUUAUACUGUGGACAAACCUGAUGACCCACAUUUAUAUGAGUUGUCCAAUUCAUGUGCUGUAUGUGUACAUAUUAUACAUUUUACUUCACUCAUUUACAAUAUUUUUUUUAAUUAAAUCAAAAAUAUUAUGCCCAUGAUCAGAAUUUUCAACUUGUAGUGAUAAUUUUUUUUAGAUUACUGUGUAGAUUAUGGUAGAGUGUCUCGGUAAAAAAUAAUCAUGAAUUUGAGCCACAGCUUGUCCAUCUCUCAGAUACUCGCAGACAUCCCUGCUCCUUGAUACUCUUUACAGUUACUCGCCUUCCCAUCUGUUGUAAGAUUAUCCAUUUUUUUAACAUCCUGAAGUAUCAUCUCCCAUCCUGGUGCCCUAAACUAUUCCAUCUUUUUAGAUGGAAUAGUUUAGGGCAUCAGUUCUAGUCUGGUCAGAACAUCACUUUGAACUCCAAAUUGUUCUUUUGCAAACAGCAGUGGUGUUAUGCAGCUGUUAUUGCUUGAGGUGGUCAUAAUUCCCAGUGUUAAGGCUAAGUUGCGUUAUGUCAUCUGGGUAUCUUGCCAAAAGAUGGUACUGUGCAUAGAUUUGCCUAUGACACCUCUUAAAAGUAGAAUUAUCCCAUUUCCAUGUGUAUAUACAUUUUCAUUUUGUGUACUAAUUUAGUGAAUAAAUUUGUAUGUUAAGCA